GGGAAGCGGAGACGCAGACAGCAGGAUCUCGGGCGGUGAGGUGGUGGUGUAACUGUAGUCGCCGCGGAAGACCCCGGACGACGCCUGCGGCCACUGGGGACCAGUGUUUGGGUCCCUGUCGCCUGUGAAGAUGGUGUUGCUCACGAUGAUCGCCCGGGUGGCGGACGGGCUGCCGCUGGCCGCCUCGAUGCAGGAGGACGAGCAGUCUGGCCGGGACCUCCAGCAGUACCAGAGUCAGGCCAAGCAACUCUUCCGAAAGUUGAACGAACAGUCCCCUACCAGGUGCACCUUGGAAGCUGGUGCCAUGACGUUUCACUACAUCAUCGAGCAGGGGGUAUGCUACUUGGUUUUGUGUGAAGCUGCCUUCCCCAAGAAGCUGGCAUUUGCUUACCUGGAAGACCUGCACUCAGAGUUUGAUGAGCAACACGGGAAGAAGGUGCCCACAGUGUCGAGACCCUACUCCUUUAUAGAGUUUGACACCUACAUCCAGAAAACCAAGAAGCUCUACAUUGACAGUCGUGCUCGGAGAAACCUUGGCUCCAUUAACACUGAGCUGCAGGACGUGCAGAGGAUCAUGGUGGCCAACAUCGAGGAGGUGCUGCAGCGGGGAGAAGCCCUCUCAGCGUUGGAUUCCAAGGCUAACAAUUUGUCCAGCCUGUCCAAGAAGUACCGCCAGGAUGCGAAAUACUUGAACAUGCGGUCCACAUACGCCAAACUUGCGGCCGUGGCGGUGUUUUUCAUCAUGUUAAUAGUGUAUGUGCGGUUCUGGUGGCUGUGAGUCAUGAGUCCAGUCACUGGCAAGGGAGAGCCUAGAGCCUGGCAAGUGUGUUUUCAGGAAGCUGAGCUCACAGAGAUGUGUGUUAGAACCCAAGUGGAACUUCUGCCUCUAAAGACCUUGCAAGAAAAGACCCUGGAAGUGAAAGGUUACACCUCAUUUCAUGAUGCUUAACCCUAAGUAGGAAGUCUCUUUUGGGGGCAGAGGCUUUCUCUGGGUGCUAAGCCAUAUAGUUAGGGAACAGUAGAUUGAUUUUGUUUUGUUUUUCCCCUCCCAGUGUUUUACAUUUUAAAGCAGCACUGACUGGGGCAUUCUCAGUCUCUCAUGGAGCCAUGGGUGAGAUUUAGCUUAAACAGCAUGUUUAAGUGACGUUCUGAAAUUCGUCAGAGAAGGCAGUGCCCUGGGAAGGUUUUUGAGUCUAGCUAAUCAACAUUCCUUUUGUUGGGGACACUUGUGAUUUUCAGUAACCUGAGUCCUUUGCUGGCCUUUCAGGCAAGACUCCAGUAUGUGAAGGUUAAUUGCUGUGCCGCCAAGGCCCUGUCUGUGGGCCCCUGUAGGAAGCUGACCUUUAUUGUGUUCCUUUUUAACUAUUUUGCUUAUUGCACAACUGCUUUAGGGGUAAACGAACCGUAUUAAGAUGCCUUGAAAUGAUAUUACAGCACUCCUUGAUUCAGAAACGAAAUGUUCUUUGUCAUUUACUCCUUAAAAUACUUCAAUUAGUUUGGGACAGUCUUAAUUUUACUUUCCAGCAGGUGGCUUACAUUCGAGUGAGAGUGAGUGUGGCAUGCAGACAGCCGGAGGCCCCAGGCCUAGUCAGAACGGCCCGGCUCACCGGAACCACUCGGCCUGCCCCUUCCUUGCUUUCUCCACUACAGUUCCCCCCACUGUUUUCCUCCUUCCACAGUUUGCUGAUAUUUAAAUUAUUCUACCAUAUCCCAUAAGCAUCCUCUCAGGAUCAAUUUCACAAUGGCAAAUGUUCAGCUAUGUAGUUAAAUUAAAAUGUUUGCUGAGCAGCUGUUCUGCUCUGUACAUUUACCUGAGGAAGCCCCUAGAGCACCUCAUACCUGCUUCAAUAGGCUCAGCUUGUCUGAGAAUGUUCUAGAAGUAGAUAAUUCAUUUUCAGUGGUUCGUACUAACAAAUCAAAAGCACCUAUGCUUUCCCCACUUUUUUGCUCAGGGACGAUGGGGGACUUUUACUUUCUGAGGUAGGAUUUUUUUAAUGGGGAGAAUAGGCCUUUCAAAUAUCAUCACAAGGGUCUACAGUAUAACCUUUAUCUCUUAUACACACUGCAGAUAACUUCUUUAAAUUGUGCAGGAUAAAGAGCCAACUUCUUACUUGUCAAUAUCUUUGAAAAGAACUGUAGCCAGUAAACAAUUUUAUAACUCUAAGGGAUAUCAAAGUUACUGUCCUGAUGGAGAAAAUAAAUCCUAUUUCCUAACUAACAAGGCAACAGGAAAUGCUUAUUUUAUUCCUGAUAACUUACAGAACUAGCAUAAAAAGUUUUUUCUUUCCAUUUGGACCUACAUUUGCCAGAUGGAGUUUUAUGCACGAAACAUGAAGUUACAUUUUAUAGCAAAUGCGUCCCUAGAGACUGGCCCCUCAGUAAUGAUGUCAGCAAUGCGAGCCCUGAAGGGCUGAGAAGCCCGUGGUGCCACCGUCGGUGCGCCUGCAGGACUGGAGAGUGGCAGUUCAUGGGCGAGAGCUGCAGCUGCAGCCAGAUGGUCAGCAGUGAAAUAAAUACUUCUAGAAUGUUCCCGUCAGUGUGAAGUUUUGUUAUCUAGUUAUUUAUGUAUAGUGUCCUUAGUAGGUACAUUUCUGUUCAAAUUCAAUGGGUUAAUUUUAAAAAUGAGAGGUAGGGGUGAGGAACAAAGGAACAAGAAGUGUUUUAAAAUUACAGCAUAGGAAAUGAGAGGCCAGGAUUGGCAUACGGUUCCUGCACCUGUUCUUUGGUGGGGCAGUAGAGAGACCUGACUAGGUGAAACAUAUUAGGGCUCAAACAGGGACCUGAAAGAGCACAGCAGAGGGGCGGGCGCGCGAGGAAGGCGUAGCUGACUUGGGGAAGGAUGGUAAGAGAAGAAGGAAAGCGGGUAGUCGACGGUUAACUGAGUUGGGCAGAGUCCUGAGGGAGAGUCAGGCAUGUUUGGGGUUAACUUCUUGGGUAGCUGUAGACCUGGGGGCGAGCAGGACUGGUUUUCUGUCAUAAGGAUUUGCCCACCAUGCUGCCGGGUUUAGCACUCCACCAGCAGUCUGGCAGGAGAUGGCAUCCUAUCAGUGAUCUUCCUGGCCGUAGUGAAAACAGAGCGAUGUGUUUGGAAGUAGGGAGAGGAAACCGGGAAGCUGUCAAGCUGGAAUGAGACAUAAGGAGACAGAUGUUAUGCAAUUUUCAAGAAAGGCUUCUCCCAGAUGCCAAAUAGUAACUGGCACAUAAUGGUUUCUGUAACUUACGCUUGCGCAGAAGUAAGAACGGUUCACGCCAUGAGUGAAGAGCCUUUACAGAGGACACUACUCUCGGGCACAGAGUUUAGUAACUUGGAAAGUGAUACAAGCUAAGAUUUAAAAGUGAUACAAGCUAAGAUUUGAAGUUCAGCAGUUUGGUUUCAGAGCCUGCUUUUCUGCACUACGCUAGUUGAUCAAGAAGUCAAACAAAAUAGGUAUUAAGAAAUGUAUUUUGAAUACAACAGUCGGGUUUAAGCAUAGAAGCAGAAGUAAUUCCAGAGAAGUACAAAGUCACUGUGGUGGAUUGAAGACUGAGUGACAAAGAAGGAGAUGUGGAAGUUCUGUUACAAGUAGCUUUUCAUAAAAUGCUUUAAGAAAUACCACAAAUGUUAAAAUGUAGCAGUAUAGCAUGAUUCUUAAGCUUUUUGGGAAACCUUUGAAAAUCUGAGUGAAGGAUUUAUUCCCUUUAUCCCAGGAAAGAUGUUCACAUGUACGUGUUAGUCCUGUAUCACACGUUAUGUCUGUGUAUUUAAGAACUCCACAAAGCCUGUCCUGACCUGGUGGUCCAUGGCACCCCUCCCACCCCCCUCAGUGAAGAACUCCAGAUAUGUAGAUGUGGAACUCAAAGGUGAGUACCUGGAGGCCUUGAAAACUGUCCAGCCAUGGCAGAUUAAAGGAUCCUGCAUUUUGGACUAAGUAACAAGUGUGGAGGAAAUACGUUAUUGAAAAAAGAAUUGUCAUUUUCCUCUGGGGUAUUCAGGGAUCUGUAUCCCAGUUCCUCAAAGUCACAUUUUAGGAUCCUAAACUUUAUAUUUUCUGUUUUUAUCAGUAGGAAGUCUUCCAGAAGCAAGUGAUGAACACAAAUAGAUAAUCAUUUCUGCACACACAUUAAAAAUAAACCGAUUAGAAAAAAAUCUCCCUUCCCAUCUUACUGGGAGUUUUAUGACUAAGCUCUUGAAGGCUGGGUGGCCACAUAAUUAAGACUCUUGGUUAGUGUAUUUCACAGAACAAAGAACCCCACUAGGUUAUCUUUUCAGGCAGCUCAGCAAAAAUGCAAAGAGCCGUGGUUGGAAAAGUUAUAAAUGCUGCACUUCCAGUAAUAGCGCAUUUACAGCGGGACCAACUGACUUGUACUGUAAAUGUCCCCCAAGAAGCUCAUUGCAUGAGAGGGUAGCAAAUUGAAUCUCGGAUGUGUUCUUGCUCAUUACUGUCAAGCAGGAUUGAACUAAGUCAAAACUAUCUUUAGCUGUUUAAUCAUUGGAUUCUAAUAAAGUUGAUUUCAAGUGCUAUACCUGAAUUCUCAUUUUAGAUUAGCAAAAUUGUUAGGAGUUUGACCUCCACGUGAUUUCAUUUUACUGUUCAGCUCCUUUUCAUUUUCUGUCACGUCUCCCUCGUUUACUUUUUUUUUAAGAGUUUCGAGUCUCAGAUUCUUUUCCAUAGAAGAAGUGGGGUACAGGCCAGCGGUGCAAGGGGUGAGAGGGUUCACCGAGACAGAGCCCGAA